CAUUUGAAAUUCCAAUUCCCAGUUAGAAAAUUCGUUGAAGUCAUGGUGUGAGUCAUCCCUACCCUCAAUUUUAGGACCCAUUGCAUGAGGAAGGGAGCAGAAAAUUAGUCAAAUCUGCUUCCAAUAAAAAUUAUUUAGAAAUCCAUAGCGGGGAAAUAAGAAUGAAAUAAGAGUGGCUUUUGGGAGUGGCCAUCACAUAUCCGAGUGCCUGCAGCCACUUGCUCACUUCCUUGUGCUGUUUUCAGGGUGCUGGCAGGGCCUGGCAGCUGCCUGCACUUCUGGUUCAUGAUCAAAGUGACCUACUAGGGCAAAUACAAACCAGCAGCUGGAAACUGGCCUCCAGCCCAGAAGCGCUUCUUCCCCGAGAAAAGUGACUCUCACCCAGAAAAAGCCCUUUUUACUACCUGGUGGCAUAAUGGAGUCACCUACUAAUUAAAGAAGGGUGUUGCAAUGAAGCUGGGGAGAGCAGCAAUGUGUUUGCAAGUGGAGCAAUGAGACUGCCUCGCACCUGUUAAUGUUUUUAAGUGUGAUGCCAAAGAGCUGGGAGAGGGCACAACAGGGCUGCAGCGGAGCUGAUGCUGCGGGUAAGGUACAGGUUUUAGGAUUUAUCGCCUGGUGGCUUUUAGGUUGUUUGGGUGGUUUUUUUCUGAACCAAUGUGAUGCUGGCACAGUAGUAUACUGGGGACGAGACGCUGCAUGCAGGUUGUGGUAUCCUCCCCUAAGCAGACAUUGCGGGGAGCAAAGAGCAUCACUAGUCAUAGAAUCACUAGGUUGGAAAGGACCCACUGGAUCAUCGAGUCCAACCAGUCCUAACAAUCCCUAAACCAUGCCCCUCAGCACCUCGUCCACCUGUCCCUUAAACACCUCCAGGGAAGGUGACUCAACCACCUCCCUGGGCAGCUUCUGCCAGUGCCCAAUGACCCUUUCUGUGAAAAAUCUUUUCCUGAUACCCAGUCUGAACUUCCCCUGAGGCAGCUUAAGGCCAUGCCCCCUUGUCCUGUCCCCUGUCACUUGGCAGAAAAGGCCAGCUCCCUCCUCUCCACAACCUCCUUUCAGGUAGUUGUAGAGAGCACUAAGGUCUCCCCUCAGCCUCCUCUUCUCCAGGCUAAACAACCCCAGCUCUCUCGGCCACUCCUCCUAAGACUUGUUCUCCAGCCCCCUCACCAGCUUCAUUGCUCUUCUCUGGACACACUCCAGAGCCUCAACAUCCUUCUUGUGGUGAGGGACCCAGAACUGAACACAGUAUUCGAGGUGCGGUCUCACCAGUACCGAGUACAGGGGCAGAAUACCUCCCUGGACCUGCUGGUCAUGCCAUUUCUGAUACAAGCCAAGAUGCCAUUGGCCUUCUUGGCUACCUGGGCACACUGCUGGCUCGUGUUCAGUCGGCUGUCAACCAACAGCCCCAGGUCCUUCUCCUCCAGGCAGCUUUCCCAGUCCUCCCAGAUGAGGAUGAGCUGCUUGCAUACUGUCAGCUCCUCCAUCAGCCCAGAGCUUUAGGGAAAGAGAGGCAGCCCUGGUAAAGGGGCAAGGAGGGCAGGUAGAGGAGGGAGCAGCCCCUAGCCCUGUUUACCACUCCCAUGCAAGGAAGCAGAUAACAUCCCGUACUGGGCAGCACACUUGGGUAUGCAGCCCCCAAAAACCCCACAGGUUACAACAAGCAGUUGGUUAAGGGACACCUCCUGUAUUUGCAACAAUUUAAGGAAAUAAUGAAAAUGACUGGAUUUUGGGGUGCUGGGGGAUGCAGCACGGAGCAAUGCAAAGGGGAGCAAUGCACCAACUGCUUUUUGGAGGAGGGUCCCCCAUAUUGGGUGAAAAGCUGCCUGCUGCUGCUUCCACCUCUCUGGCAGUGGUGUGCUGUGUGCUGGCUGCUGGUAAAUGAUUGCCAGGGUGGCCAGCCAAGGUGGGGCCAGAGGUUGGUGCUGAGUUUGAACCCAGACAGGUGCUUAGGACUGGGGUGCCGGCAACCAUCCUGCUCCCACACCCAACAGGGUUUGGCAGUCACUGUAUUUUUUAGGCAAGGCAGCUUCUCCUGCGAUGACCCCACACGCCUGAGGCCCAGCAGCCGUGGGGAUGGAGCUGAAGGUCUGGGUAGAUGGGAUCCAGAGGGUCGUCUGUGGUGUCUCGGAGCAAACCACCUGCCAAGAAGUGGUCAUCGCCUUGGCACGGGCCAUUGGUCAGACAGGCCGCUAUGUGCUGGUGCAGAAGCUGCGGGAGAAGGAGCGGCAACUACUGCCACUGGAGUGCCCCUUGGAGUCACUGGCCAAGUGCGGGCAGUAUGCUAAUGAUGUGCAAUUUGUCCUGCGGCGAACGGGUCCCAGUGUGGCAGAACGGCCCUCCUCGGAGGGCGCUCCCCAAGCCCCCGAGAGGACGUUCAUCCGGGCCAGCCUGCCCAUCAAGCCCAGGCCUGCUGGUACAGAUGCACCUCGUUCCCGGGAGCCGAAAAAAUCCAUGACCUUCAACUUGGGUUCUACAGGCUCCAGCAAUGUGUUUGCCAUGAGCCGCUGGAGGCAUCAAGUACGAGAAGGAAUGGACUUGGAGAGUGGUGGCCUUGUUCAGCCUUCCAAGGAGGAACUGUUUAGGAGGGUGCUGCAGCAGCAAGAGCAGCUGCUUUCCUUGGAGGCCCACAGGGACACCCUGGAGACAGACCUACGGCUCUGGGAGUGCAGCCGGCUCACUGGCCAGGAGGAUGAGAUCCUCUAUCUGGAGCACAUGGUACGGAGGAAUGAGGCAGAGCUGGGUGAGGAGGAAUUUUGGCAGAGUGAGCUCCGGCUGGAGAAGGAGUGUGAGCGGGAGCGGCAGGAGCGGCUUAGGAGCCUACGGGCCAGCCUGGAGGAGUACACCCAGAGGAUCUAUGAGCUGAGUGCUCAAACUGAAGCCUUGCAGGAUGAAAUCCAGUGGGAGAUGGCUGAGAGGGCCAAGAGGGGGAAGGACACCCCUGUGCCCAGCCCCACAGAACUGGAGGACGUGGCUGCCAAGAUGAAAAGGGACUUGGAGGCCAAGGUAAAGCAAGGCACCCAGCUGGAGAGCAACCUGGCCAGUGUGGAGAAGGCCCUGGAGGAAGCUGAAAGGAACCUGCAGGCCCAGACCCGAGAACUGGAAGAGUUAAAUAAGGAGCUGAGGCAGUGUAAUUUGCAGCAGUUUAUUCAGCAGACGGGGGCCACGGUGACCGUCCUGCAGGCCAGGUCCGAGGAGGAUGCCCAGCCGGAGCCGAGCCCGCGCGAGCUGCCAGCCUGCCGGAGAAACGGAGGUUUUCCUCCCACCGCCGACACCGAAUCACCUCCCUGGGCCAGCACCAAGCAGCUCCUCAGCCAUCCCAGGACCCUGCCGGAGCCCCUGGUGUCCAGCCUGAAUCCUGAGGUCAUAUCAACCAGGCAGAGCAUCUGGAGGUAGAAGGGCCCAGCCAGCUGAGGAUCAAUUGCCUUGCAAGUGUAACUGUAUAAAUAAACCAUUAUAUAUAUAUACUUUAUUUUUACUGCUUUAUAUCGUGAAUGGACGUGGAUGGCCAGACAGAGUAUUUUUACGGACUAUAAAAUAAAACCAGAGACAGACAACACAAAGCAACCCUCUUGCCCUGCGGAUGGCAGUGACACCCUUCUGUUUUUUGAAGCGUGUUCUAUAUUUGACAAAAACCAGCAGCACUCCCAUUCCACGUAGCCUCCUCAGAAGAUCGAUCAUGCAUUCGGAAAAGUCCUUGCUUCUUUGACUAGGGGAGUGAAGCUGUGGUAGAGACUGGCUUGGAGGCUCGCCUGGAUGGAGCAAGUUAACAGAUUUUACAGCAUCUCGUUGCAGCCAGCAAGGCCAUAACAAACAGCCUCUUCACGGGCUGCAAUGGAGGCACAAGAGCAGCUUUAAGACAAAUUGCUGCUCCUCCUGUUUUUUUGUAAGAAGCUUGCAGUAGAAACCCCUUUCUGCAGUGCCACGGAUCAGGCUUCAAGGGAGCAAGGAACGCAGUGGGGACUUGUUUUUCUUAAAUCCACAUCAUUUUUCAACUUGGUUUUUAAAAUGAAAAAAUUGCAGAAUGAGCCCUUUCCUGGUGGUGGGAUGGGUGAGGAGCAGGACCGAAACACUCUUGGUGACAUUUCACUGAUUGUUUUUAUUCGAUGGCCAGUAGUUACUCUCGGUUUUUGUACAUCUGUUCCAGUGGGUCACCUUGUAUUUUAAUUGUGAAACCAAAGCAAUUUGAAUAGAGGAUUGGUUUCUCCAGAGGUCCCCAUGCCUGUUUUCAAUGCAUCAGAUGCAAAAAAUGUGACCUGGGCACAGUAUUUGCAAUAAAACUCCACUUUCCCCAUACAAAUGUAAUUCUGUGUGCCACAGUUUCAAUUUUCAAUAAAUCUUUGGGAAAGUAUUUGAGCAAAGUGGGUGUGAGCAUGCUGCUGGGGCCCAGGAUAAGCAGUCCCUGUCAGCUCCUGGUCCAGUGCCCAACAGGCACAUCUGAGUGGUUUGCACACCUCAUUGCCACCUCUGCUUUUUUGCAUUUUUGUUUUUGGUUUUUUUUUUAAAUCGCAAAGUGCUUCACAACCAGCAGUUGAAGCUUGUCUCCAGUGAGAGGGUGGCCAUCUCUGGGAUGAAACGUGGCAGCAUUUUAAUAAUGCACAGCAGCAGCUCAGAGCAUUUUAGGACAGGAGGAGAAAGGGAUGGCGCUCAGCUGCAGAUAGGAACAGGAGGAUAAGGGGGAAACCAUCCAUUUGCCAACAAGCCAUUCCACCUGCACCUGGAUAACUACAAGUGAG